AUGAGCAACCAGACCAUUCUUCCAGAGAACCAUCUCACCCACCUCAUCCACCAGACAAUCUACUCACUCAUCCUCAUCUCAAUGCCUGCGAUUUUGGAUAUACUCACUCUUCCGGAUACCAUGGCGGCCUGGCCAUGGCCGAGGACGAUCAACCCAUACUACGAGGAAGUUAAGGCGGCAUCGAACGCAUGGUUCAGAACCUUUAAAGCCUUCAACCCUGACUCGCAGCGAGCAUUCGACAAGUGCGAUUUCUGCCGCCUAGCUGCACUCGCAUACCCAACGAUGGCAAAGGAGCAUCUUCGCACGGGCUGCGACCUCAUGAACUUGUUCUUCGUGAUUGAUGAAUACACCGAUGUCGAAGACGCGACCACUUGCCGCGAAAUGGUCGACAUCGUGAUCGACGCGCUGCACGACCCCCACAAGCCUCGGCCACAGGGAGAAGUCUUGCUCGGCGAAGUUGCGCGACAGUUUUGGGCGUUGGCCAUCAAGACUGCCAGCCCGAGCUCGCAGCGACAUUUUCUCGAGAGCUUCACGGCCUAUCUCGAAUCUGUUGUAGCGCAGGCUGUCGACCGUGACAACGACACCGUUCGCACCAUCGAGAGCUACAUGGAGACCCGUCGCGAAAACAUCGGCUCGCGUCCGUCGUUCGUCCUACUCGAGCUGUCGAUGAACCUCCCAGACAACGUGUUCUACGAUCCUGCCAUCGUGGAACUGUCGACAUGUAUCACUGAUCUGCUCAUUCUUGACAAUGAUAUCGCUUCGUACAACAAGGAACAGGCAACUGGAGACGACCGCCAUAAUAUUGUUACUCUCGCUAUGCACCAUUUUGGCUGCAACGUCACCGAGGCGAUGGAGUGGGUGGCACAGUACCAUACAGAGAUCGAGGGCAACUUCAUGGAUGGCCUGAAGAAGAUACCGACGUGGGGACCGGAGAUUGAUAGACAAAUCAUCGAGUAUAUCGACGGGCUGGGCAACUGGCUACGGGCUAACGACUGCUGGAGUUUCGAGAGUGGCCGCUACUUCGGUUCGAAGGGGCCGGAGGUUCAAAUAACGCGGCGGGUACCUCUGAUGCCCAAAGUACAGCGCAAUGACAGCCUACGCCGGGAAGAUGUGGUAAUACCCAUGGUCGACCGCAUCACAGAGUUUCGGUAA